AUGUCGCAGAAAAAAAUUUACUCAAAUGAUCUUGGCAUCGACCUCAACUCUGGAGAUGAGACUGAGUGUUUCAAAUGGUUUCUGGCAUGCUUAUUGUUUGGCAAGCCUAUCCAACAGGAAAUAGCGAAACGCGCAUUUCUGGAACUUAGAGAAGCUGGUAUCACGUCACCAAAUGCUGUGUUGGAGACUGGGUGGGAUAAACUUGUGGAAAUACUCGAUAAGGCACAUUAUGUCCGGUAUGAUUUUUCCACCGCUACGAAAUUGCUCGACAUUUCGGAAGACCUCAACAAAAAGUACGGUGCCUUCGGCGCGCUAUUGAGCCAGUGCAGUUCGACUACUCAACUCUCCAAACGAUUACAGGAGCUUAAGGGUGUCGGGCCUAAGACAGCAGAAAUUUUCCUUCGCGAUAUGACGCCUAUACUCGAGAAGCAGUGGGGAUACAUUAUAUAG